CUAAAGUAAACGCUCCAAGCCUCCAACUAGUGAGUGACUCUACUUAGCUGGAGUACUUCAUUCUCUAGUUCAACAUGAGCUUAAUUUGACCUCUUCUUUCCUAGUAAUUUCCCUCCUGCUACCCCCUUCAUACUCUCUAGUACUACUAUGACUAUAUAAAUACAGCUACCCUCUUCUUUUUCAUUCAUCAAUCAGCCUAAAACCCUUUUUUACUAAACAAUGGCAUUUUCAUCUUCCAACAUGUUUCUACAAAUAAUCCUCCUUUUCUGUCUCAUCACUACUUCCCUCGGAACGAGCCGACUCACUGAGUCAACUCAGCAGCAAAUGGCCUUCCAAUACCACAAGGGCCAACUCCUAAGUGGUAAAACCCCAAUUAAUCUCAUUUGGUAUGGCAAAUUUACACCAUCCCAAAGAGCAAUCAUUACUGAUUUUAUCACAUCCUUAUCCUCAUCAUCAUCCUCUACUCAACAACCCCAACCAUCUGUUGCCACGUGGUGGAAUACCAUUGGUAAAUACUAUCACCUUAUCAACUCUAAGAAUAAUAAACCCAUCUCAAUCUCCUUAGUCAACCAAGCCAUUGACCAAACAUACUCCCUUGGUAAGUCCCUUACUAGUAACCAACUUAUACACCUUGCUUCUAAGGGUGGUCAACAAGUCAACGCCAUCAACAUAGUGUUGACUUCUUCUGACGUGACAGUGGAAGGAUUUUGUAGUAGCCGAUGUGGAACCCAUGGAUCAUCCUACAUUUCCAAGAAUACCCAUCAAAAGUUCACUUAUAUUUGGGUUGGAAACUCUGAGAUUCAAUGUCCGGGUCAAUGUGCGUGGCCAUUCCACCAGCCCAUUUACGGGCCACAGAGCCCACCAUUGGUUGCACCCAAUAACGAUGUGGGCCUGGAUGGGAUGAUUAUAAACUUGGCCUCUCUGCUGGCAGGGACAGUAACAAACCCAUAUGGAAAUGGGUACUACCAAGGCCCGAAAUAUGGCCCAUUAGAGGCAGCAUCAGCAUGUCCAGGGGUAUAUGGGAAAGGAGCAUAUCCAGGAUAUGCUGGGAAUUUACUGGUGGAUUUAACAACAGGUGCAAGUUAUAAUGCAAAUGGAAUUAGUAAAAGGAAGUAUCUGCUUCCUGCUUUAUUUGAUCCAACCACCUUAUCUUGCUCUACUUUGGUUUGAUAUUUUAUCAACAAUACAUAGUAUGUGACAGAAAUUUGUAGGUUGCUUGAACAUAAGAUAUAGAAGUGAAGUAUAUGAGUAAAGUUUUAUUAUAGAAAUGUUGUUUUCAUCUUUGAAAUAGUGUAAUAUGUCAAUAUAGAGAUGUUGUAGUGUGUAGAGUGUUAUUGUUCAAUAUAGAGUUUGACUGAUAAUGAAAAUACAUGCUUUGGUUGUUGACUUGUUGUUA